GACCAGGCCGGGCACCUGCGGGCGGCUGCGGAGGGCCCCGCGCACGAUCCUGAACCAACCCGCGGGCGUCCGGGGCCUGAGAUGAGCUUAGAGUCCCUGUUCCAGCACAUCAUCUUCUCGGAGCAUCAGGCCCAGGAGAGUCGCCGCUUGAUCCGAGAAGUAAGGUCGGAAAUAAACAGAUGUCGUGAAGAAAUUAAGAAAGCAACUGAGUUGCUGAAUGAAGAGAAAAUCAAGUUGGAAUUGAAGGUUCAGCAGUUUUCUGAAAAAGCCUUCCUCUUACAGCUUUGGAAAAUUCAUGAAAAUGCCUUAGAAAGACAGUGUAGUGAAAUUACAAACCAGAGGAAUAUGCUUCUUCAAGACUUUGAGGCUGCGAAGAAAAAAGUGACAGAGGAGGAAGAAAAAUUUAUUAAGGAAAUUACAGAUUUCAAUAAUGAGUAUGAAGUAACAAAGAAAAGAGAACUUUGGAUAAAAGAAAAUGUCAAGAUUGAAAUAUCUGACUUAGAAAACCAGGCGAACAUUUUGAAGAGAGAAAUGAAGUCAAUGGAACAUGAUAGUGGCCAGUUAAGUGAACUUCAAAAACAAAAGAGUGAAUUAAAACAAGAAUUACUUACUGUGCAGAGAAAACUUAAAGUUUUUGAAGAUAAAAAGAAUGAAGCCAUUUGUACUACCAAAUACCUAGAGGCAGAAAAAGUAAAAAUCAAUGAAAAGCCUCAAAGUGAUGCAGAAUGCUUAAGACUUAAAAAAGAAUUACAACUUUAUAAGGAAGAUGACAUGCAAAGUGCUUGUGAAGCUCUCCAAACAGAAAUAGAAGUUUUAGAGUUGAUAUUGGCACAGAAAGAUCUUCAGGAAAACAAAUAACUUGUGGAGAGUUGACCAAAGCUAUCCAAGGUGUGUCUGUGGAGUUAAGUCUGAGGUGCCUGCAGCCUUGGCCAGCAUAUGUGCCUGCCAGUUUUCUUCCUGAUGCCAAUGUUGGUGGAAUGAAAUAAGUCAUCUAUUUGGGGAU